AUGGACUCAUACGAUGACGACAUCCAACGGCAGCAAUACCAUCCCUCGCACUCGAUUCCCGAUGCUGCCUACCCAGACGACUCACCAUUCCGGCAUCAGCAGCAACAGCAGCAGCAUCAUUUUCAGGCGCCUUACAGCACUGGCGGGUUCGGCGCGAACACAGUGCAUCGUCCCCCAGCCGCAGUGACGCCUCUUUCUUCGCACGCGGGAGGCCCUUCCGGAUACCAGCCUCAACAUCAACACCAGACUCAGAAUCAGGAAGCCUGGCAGCCCUACGACAUUCCCAGCAGCCCUCCUCCCCCAUAUGACCCGAGCCAGGCCCCAGGCGCCUACCAAUAUCCAUCCAUUCAUGCACCAGCCGUCGCCACUCCCGCAGCUACAUAUCCAACUGCGCCUGUCGAUGGGCAUGUCCCGACGGUGGGCAUCGAGCUGAUGCCCUUGCCUCCUCAACAAACGGCACCCCUAGCACCGAUCGUCUCGACGUCCGCAUUGACGCACGCCAGCAACAUCGCCGAGGACCCUGAUAAGCUUGACGCGGCAUCCACGGAACGUGUGCGCAGGCAGAGGCGCCUCAAGAUUUGCAUCAUCAUCUUGACUGUGGUUUUUAUAUUCUGCGGUGCGUUGAUCAUGGGAAUAGCCUGGGGGGUGUUCAAACGGUCAAUCAAGCACCCCGACGACCCCGACGACCACGAUGUUCCAAUUUGA